GCUCACCGGACAGUCUCAAACGCGCUCAAAGAUCAGCAGAGAUCACGAAAUCCUUCAAUCAUCUCCAUCGUUUUGUUCUCUGUUACAUUCUUUAUUUGGGUUUUCUUUGGUUUCAUCUCAUCUGGUUUGGUGUUUUGCAGGCUUCAUUCUUUGCUUUCUUCAAUUAUUCGUUCUGCAGGUGCUUUCUUUCCUUUUUUUUUUCUUUUCAUCACAAUGGAUGCAGGUUCUUUCAAUUCUCCGAGCAAAUCUCAAUCUAGAAACCCCCUUCAAGAGCAGCUCCUUCAAAGGAGAAACUCGCGUGAAAAUUUUGACAGAUUUAUCCCUAAUCGAUCCGCAAUGGACUUCGAUUUCGCUCAUUACAUGCUUACAGAGGGGAGGAAGGGGAAAGAAAACCCCCUUGCAAGUUCUCCUGCGAAAGAGGCUUAUCAGAAGCAAUUGGCAGAGGUUUUCAACAUGAACAGAACCAGGAUUCUUGCUUUCAAGAACAAGCCACCCACACCCGUCGAGCUGGUACCUCAUGAAAUGUCGUCUUUUCUUCCCCAAUCAAAACCCAUAAAGCCUCGAAGGCACAUUCCUCAGAGCUCAGAGAAGACACUGGAUGCCCCUGAUAUUCUGGACGAUUUCUACUUGAAUUUACUGGACUGGGGUAGCAGUAACGUUCUGUCAAUUGCUCUUGGGAACACUUUAUAUUUGUGGGAUGCCACAGAUGGAUCCACUACUGAACUUAUGACGAUUGACGAUGAGAAUGGUCCAAUUACAAGUGUUCGAUGGGCUCCCGAUGGACGACACAUUGCCAUUGGCCUUAACAAUGCCGAUGUUCAGCUUUGGGAUACAGUAGCUAAUCGAAAGCUAAGAACUCUGCAAGGUGGGCACCGAGCUAGAGUGGGUUCACUCGACUGGAACAAUCAUAUCCUGACAACCGGGGCAAUGGAUGGUUUGAUCAUCAACAAUGAUGUGAGAGUAAGAUCUCAUAUUAUUGAAACCUACAGAGGACACCACAGAGAGGUUUGUGGGCUGAAAUGGUCGGCAUCAGGCCAGCAGCUAGCGAGUGGAGGAAAUGAUAAUCUGCUCUACAUAUGGGAUCGAUCAGUGGCAUCUUCAAAUUCUCCUACCCAGUGGCUGCACAGACUUGAAGACCACACAGCUGCCGUAAAAGCUCUUGCCUGGUGUCCUUUCCAGGGUAAUUUGCUUGCUUCUGGAGGAGGAAGAGGAGAUGAGUGCAUAAAAUUCUGGAACACCCACACAGGUGCAUGCUUGAACUCAGUGGACACAGGCUCACAAGUCUGUUCUUUGCUGUGGAAUACAAAUGAGCGUGAACUGCUGAGCUCUCAUGGGUUCACCCAGAAUCAACUCACCCUCUGGAAGUACCCAUCCAUGGUGAAGAUUGCAGAGCUUACUGGGCAUACAUCAAGAGUUCUUUUCAUGGCUCAGAGUCCAGAUGGCUGCACAGUGGCAUCCGCAGCAGCUGAUGAAACAUUAAGAUUUUGGAAUGUUUUCGGGAAUCCUGAGGUGGCAAAACCUACAUCCAAAACGAAUUCCGAGCCAUUUUCUAAUAUAAAUCGCAUCAGGUGACGAUUCAUCAUUGGUGACCUGGGAGAAAUUGGAGGUUGUUUUCUGCUACACGAUUUCAGAUUUUCAGGUAUAAACAAACUUUCAGUUAUAAUUAUUAUUUGGUCCUAAUUUCUUUUCCAAUCUGGUUGUUCUUGCAGGUAAAUUCCUAACAGUUUGUUAGACUCUAUAAUUAUAUACUUGUAUAUUCUUCCUCUUCUUCUUCUUAAUUUAUGUUUUUCCUUAUUUUUCUCCUUAAUUCCCACUAAUUCUGAAAGCUUUUUUUUUUUUUUUUUUUACAUAUAUUCAAGUUUUCAAGGUAUAUUUGAUCUUUCAAAAGGCUCUAAAGUAGAUUUUUUUUUUUCUCUUUUUUCUUCCAUCCUUUCUUUUUUGAUUGACUGAACAAUCUAAUCUCUCUGGUUAGAAAUCCUCAUUGUAUUUGAAGAAUUGACAAACUAGAGAAGGGCAUUGUAAAUCCAAUCAAAUUACAUUUACAUAUUGAUUGUAACUUCAUUAUCAAUAAAUUAAAUUAUUUUUCUU